AUGAUCAUUCUAGAAAUCAACUGCAAAGAAACAAAAGUUCAAUUCAGCAAAGAUGUAGCAGUGCACCAUUUUUCACCCGAUCGAACGACCAGUACCAUUGAUGAUGACAACCUAUUACCUUUAGACUCCAAUCUACGAUUAAACUUAUCCAACGAUGACGACGAUGAAGAUGACGCUGUUGAUGAUGAUAAUGAUUAUGUUAGGGAUUUCAAUUAUGACCUAAGAAGUGAUAUAAGGUAUUUGGCCAUGAGAAUCAACGAACUCGAAACUAAAUAUGAUUACAAUGAUGAUGGUGGUGAUGAUGACGUUGAUUACGACAUUGAUAAUGAUGAUACUAGAUAUGAUGGUGGUGGCAUUGCAGAUUUCAGCCAUUUUUCAUACAAUGAUGAGAACACAUGGAACGACGACUGCGAUGGAACUAAUGGUAACCUUAAGGAUGACAGCGACACCAAAAAACUGAAAAUCAAUCCCAAAAAUGACAGUGGUGAUGCUGGUAAUGGUGGUAAAUAUGGCGAUGAAGAUGGUGAUGAAGAUGGUGAGGAUGAAUUGUCUUAUAGCAUUGUAAAGAGCUACUGCCAGCUUGUCAACCAGUCCACAGGCUCCGAAGCUCGCGAUGUUUAUAAUGAUAACGAUGAUGGUCAUGAUGAUUACAUCAGCUUCCGUAAUAAUAAUGAUGAUAAUAAUGAUGAUAAUAAUAAUAAUAAUAAUAAUAAUAAUAAUAAUGAUGAUAAUAAUAAUAAUAAUAAUAAUAAUGAUAAUAAUGAUGAUGAUAAAAAUGUAUGCAAUGAUGGUGGUGAUGCUAUUGCAAGAAGAAAUAUUAAUUAUAAUGAUGAUAGUGCUAUAUAUCACAAUGUUGCUGCGGGUGAUGAUGAUGAUGAGGAUGGUGAUGAUGAGGAUGGUGAUGAUAUGAGUAACAACAAGCAGGUUGAUGAUGGUAAUAAUGAUGAUAAUAAUAAUGAUAAUAAUAAUAAUAAUAAUAAUAAUAAUGAUGAUGAUAAUGAUGUUACUGAAGAUAAAAAUGAUGAUGAUGAUGUUGGUAACGGUGGUGAAGUUGGUGGUGGUGUAACAGAAAAUUUUGCUUCUAAUGGUAAUAAUAAUUAUGACCAUUCUAAGUAUGGCCGAAGGAAUUUGGCAACACUCAUUCUCGAUAAUGAUGACGACGACGAUGAUGAUGAUGAUGAUGGCAAUGGUGAUAACUUUGGUGAAGGUGGUGGCGGCGGUAGUUGUGUUGGUGGUGGAGUUGUUGUUGGUGCUGGUGGUAGUAGUGGUAGUGGUGCUGGUGGUAGUAGUGGUAGUUAUAUCGACGAUCAACUGAAAAGGGAUCAACAACAUUAUAGCAAAAUGACUAGAAGUAGUACUGUCUGCAAUAAUAAUAAUAAUAUUAUUAAUGAUAUUAACAAUAAUAAUAACAAUAAUAAUCAUAAUAAAAUUAAUAAUAAUAAGAAUAAUAAUAAUAACAACAAUAAUAAUCAUGAUAAAAUCAAUAAUAAUAAUAAUAAUAUAAAUAACAAUAAUUAUAUAAAUAGUGAUAAUAGUAUAAAUAAUAGUAAUAACGUGGAACAGACGUUGGAUAAGCCGCGGAUGAAUUCAACGAUACGCCUCCAACGGCAGCUGGAAACCUUAAAAUCGGCAAAGUACAUUCACGAGCAUUUCAGUAGAGGGAAGUUUGCUGAUGACGAAAUGCAGGCUAACAUCAAUAAAAAAGCCAUCUCGAUGCUGAACUUUAAAGAGAACAUAAACUUCACCAACUUAACAGACAUCAAUUUCUGCGAGAAGGAACUCCUCGAUAAGGAGGUCGAGGACAGGUUGAAAAAGGUGAAACGGGAAAAGCCAGUGUCACUAAAGGAGAUGGUCUCGAAAGUACCUGACAUCAGGGACUUCCACCACCCAGACAUGUCCACCAGCGAGCCACACAGCCAGUUCUGCCUCGAUCAAUGCUUGAAGAAUGUCUACAAGGUAAAGUUACGGACUGUCGGAUCGAGUCACGCGUUUAAUCUUUAUAAUGAUAUGAGGAACUGGGAGCUAUCCUGAUGGUCCAAUUUAGUUUUUAUUAUUUUCUCUAUCUAUCUAUUUAUCUAUCUAUCUAUCUA